AUCGUCGUUACAGAUGAAGAGUUAAAGCCGUCACAGCACGUUUAUGCAAUGACAAAAUAACAACAUAACUCGAUAUUAGACAUGCAUUUGGAAAGCAUACAGCACAGAGAGUAGCAGUGUCGUUAUCAUGAUUCUAGUAAGCUUUCUCGCUUUGCUCUCUUUAAGCUCUCUGCCUAAAAUGUUUGGGAAUCCACUUCGAAUGGCGUCGAACUCGUAUCCAAAGCCUUUCACGCGUGAAUUGAAACUUCAGGAUCCUCCGAUGAAAGGAUCAGACGUCAUGAUAUUACAGAGCUUGUUGGCCAGGUGUCCUUCCGUCACGAGUAUAAAAACCACGGGUGCGUUCGAUCAACAAACACAGACAGCAUUAGCUGACUUCCAGCGAAUCAACCAUGUGAAUAAUUCUGGUAAAUUGGACAUAAAAAGCGCAACACUGGUGCUGGAUCAGCUGAUGUACGACGGUUACAAGGAUGACGGGAAAAUCCCCAAGGGAUACAAAUUUAAGCUUUACAUUCCCGUCCACAAAGAUCGAAAUAUCGAGACAACUGCGACCUUAUACGACUCUAACUACCAGGUUAGGUAUAGAUUUCUAGUGCGCACUCAUGGUCACAUCACAGACACAGGCGAAGAAUUAAACCAGUUGACUACCGAUGGUAACACACCAACAGGACUUGCGACUUUUGAUCUUAACAGUCCUGAACCGAAUCCCGUGUUGUUCGGACCAUACCCGGUAGUGCGACAAGUGAAAGGACUCGAAGGUAAUGUGGCCAUUGGUCCUGAUGAGGAGAACACCUUUAUCCCAUACAUAAGAUAUGGAAUAUUACUUCAUACGGGGGAAUGGAAAAACUGGAAUUCGUCACGGCCAAUGCCCAAUAGUAAUGGUUGCAUACAUGCUCACCCAACCGACCUGCAAAAAGUUGAUGAAAUUCUAACUAAAGAUCUUGGAGUGACUGUUAGAUCGAACCCAUUUGGUACAAUCCCCUAUCCCUACCAGCCCCAAGGUCUGCUCUCUAUUGAACAAAUUGAUCAUUGAUUAUUAGUUUAUUAGAACGUGUCACGCGACCCAAACAACUCCAGACGCGGCAUGUUCCUUUUGUGUUUUGCGCUGCCAUCCAUCAAACUCUUAGUAAAUUAUUUGAUUGACGGAAGCCAGUUACCCUGGUUACCGAGUAGCUGUGUUAUUACAUGAGUGCCUCUCGAAAUAGGGUAUUUCCUAUAUAGCUCGGUUGGUCACGGCCACAUGCUUGGUUCCAAGUUAAAAUGAGUGUGCAUGCUACCACAGGGUACCCGAGUCUAAUAUCAGCCAAUGUCUAUGUGUGCAGCGCCCGACUUAAAAGCAAUUAUAUGAUUAAGCUAAAUUAAAUUUGUAUCUAUAUUCAAAAUUAUGAUAAUUAUAUUAUAUUAUAAAUUAAUUUUUUUUCUAUGUAAGAUAGAGUUUUGAAGAUGAAUAUAUAACAAUCUUAGUUAAUUUAUGAUUCAAGACUUUCUAGUUUAUGCACUGACAGUAUUAAAUAACUUGAUGUACCUGUGUUUGCCAUGAAAAUGGUAGAUAUUUAAAA